AUGCAGCACGCUGCUCCUGUAUAUCAAUCAUUGGGGGCCUCGGAAGUUCGCCUACUGCGGGUCUUGCCGGGUAAUGGUGUUAGUACUCUAAGCUGCGAGAUGAGAAGCAUUUCUCCAGAGCAUGAUGAUACACCAUAUAUCGCCCUCUCGUACGUCUGGGGCGACGACAGAUCUAAAAGUCUUCUGGCUCUGAACGGCGAGCCGAUGGCUAUUACAGCUAAUCUAUCCGUGUUACUCCGGCAUAUCCGGGAAUGGAAAUGUGGGCGGAAGACUCCCGAAACCCAAAAUGCUACUUUUCCAGAAUCUGUCCCUCCUCCCGAGACUCUGUUUCAGGAACACGAGUGGAUUUGGGCCGAUGCUUUAUGCAUAAAUCAAGCCGACAUUGAGGAAAAGUCGAGUCAAGUGCCACGUAUGGGUAUGAUAUAUCGGUCAGCAGCGCGAGUUGUAAUAUGGCUCGGAGGUAACGAAGGGUCAGAUGAAGAGGGGCAGAUCUAUGAAAUAUUUGAAUACGCCAACAAAAUGGCGACGCUGUCUUUGUCUUACCAGGACAUUGAAUCCUGUCGUCCAUACAUUGAGAGCCUGCACCGCCAAAUUGGAAACACGACCAAGGUUGAGAGAUUGUGCAAGGGCUUACUGGGCUUGUCGAAACGGCCAUGGUUCUAUCGGAUCUGGGUCCUGCAAGAGGCCGCCUUGGCAAGAGAACCUCCGAUUGUUAUUGCUGGUGGUUCUGCAACGACAUUCAACAAUCUACAUACCUUCUGGCUGGCAGUACAGACGUACUUGAUGGACGAUGUGCUUCGACUCUGGUAUAGCAUGCCACGAGAAAUGGACAAUCUGGUAUCUCUAAGAAGAUUGGUCCAGAACUGGGCACAAGAGGGGGAAACCAUGCGAGAAAAGUCUAUCACUGAUAUGUCCAGCUUGGUGUCGAACAGAUUGUAUAGAUUGUUGAACCGUCUUGGGGGUCAGUAUCGCUGUACGUUGCCGCAAGAUAUGAUAUACGGCUUGUUGGGCAUGAUCAGCAUCUCUGACCUCUCGUGUCUGCCAAAGCCAGAUUACCGCUGCCCCUGGCCCGAGGUGUUCGAGGACUACGCUCGUUGUCUCAUGGGAAAUACGGGUGAUUUGACGCUACUGUUGUCCUUGUCCCAAAGUCUAGAUGAUUCACCAAGCUGGGUGACGGAUUUUCGAGGGGUCAGGAUCUCGACGCACAAUUAUGGGGUAGAGAGAUCUCCUUUCACUCUGGCCAACAAUCCCUUCGCAGGCAAAGACCCGCGUCGGAUGAGACUAGAAGGCGUGGAGCUAUCUACAGUGGUCAGCAGUUAUCGCGCACCGUCUAUGGAUAUAAAUGGCGCAGGGGAACAAAAGCGCUCGCAAAGGGCUUUGCUAUCCUUUCGCCAAAUGGACCGAUUCAUAUUCAGACGCGCCUGUUUGAUUAAAAACGCUUCACAUAAAGACGUCGUCACAAGCUGGAUCGAGUCUUGGAUCAACUUUCAGCGAAUUCCUUCCCUGCUACCCGAACUGGACACGAUUUACGAAAUCUAUGACGAAUUUGCCAAGAAGGGUUUUGAUGGCGAUCACAUAUUCGCUUCUGCCUCAUCAGACAGCUUGAAAGCGCAAAAUACUGCGUCAAUGAUAUCGAGCUUGCUUAAAGCCAGUAGCGCCGGAUCAUACUUUGUGACUACUGACGGCAUGAUUGGUUUGCUGGCGAAAUUCAGCGGCAGAGCCGAACAAGGAGACAAGAUCUGUGUGUUCAAAGGCUUGGUAUAUCCAGCCUUGGUCCGUCCACUCGGCGACACAUACAAGUUCAUUGCAUCUGUCAAUCUGAAUGAUGGAAUAAAAAUGUACGAGAGGCUCACUCCUGAGCAUGCUUAUACUCAAGAGUUCUUUGAUAGCCACUAUUGUCAGGAGUUUGUCUUGGUGUGA